UGCUUAUCAUCUUAACUACCAGACUGGUACAAUUCACUGGUGGAAAUCCAGAACUGAAGAGUGAAUUUCAAUGAAUGCUUCCCCAUACAACCAGAUGAAAAGCAUUAUCACUGGCUUUUUCAGCACACUUUAAUGCUGAUGCUGGCCCUGCAAGUGGGCAGAUUUCAGACAUGAGCAUGGAUAGACGGCAGAGAGCCUCAGCAGCACUCUCGCUCAGUUUUCUCUCAUUAAUCCUCUCUAUCACGGCAUUUAGCAGCAGUUACUGGUGUGAAGGGACAAGAAAAGUUGCAAAACCUUUCUGUACAGAUCAGGAGAAAGGGACUCACUGCAUCCGCUUCAAUAGCUCUGAUCUGAACAAUAGCAACGCCGUUCAGUAUAUCUGGGAGACAGGCGAUGACAAGUUCAUUGACCGAAAGUUUCACGCUGGCAUCUGGUAUUCAUGUGAGGAGAUUAUUAAUGGGGAAGGUGAGAAAUGUCGAAGUUUUAUCAGUCUGACUCCACCUGCAGAUCGAGGUGUUUUGUGGCUGUCUAUUGUGGCAGAGCUGCUCUAUAUCAUUUUGCUGCUAUCUGGAGCCACUUUGAUGUCAAUAGAAGUGUGCUACUACACUACAGUCAUUGAUGGGUUAAAGCUCAACGCCUUUGCUGCGAUAUUCACUGUACUAGCAGGUCUCUUUGGCAUGGUCGCUCACAUGAUGUACACAACUGUAUUUCAAAUGACUGUCAACCUUAGUCCAGAAGACUGGAGACCACAGAUGUGGGAUUAUGGCUGGUCCUAUUGGUAAUUUUUGCAUUAAAAUAUCUAACUGUUUCAUUAACACUUAAAUUGCUGUCUCUGCCAUCCUUGUCCUCAAGUAGUAACUAAUGGCUCUGAUUUGAGCUUUCCACUGAGGAUAUAAUAGAACAACCAACUGCUUUAUCUGUAAUGUCUGUAGUCUUGUCUAACGGUAUAAGCUCCCAUAGUUCCAGGACAGCCAGUACCAGCACUACCCAGGGCAUACAGGUGCCAUGGCUCCCACUCCAUCACCCACCUUCAAGCACAGGACAGUGUUGGGGGGCCUCCCGCCCCUCUGCACCAAUCAGGGGCCUUCUUGCCCCAAAGGUCUUAUUAUCUAUUGUUACUCUAGAUGGGGCUUUUAGCACCCUUUCUUAAUAGGGCUGGCUGACAGUUUAUAAAAACCUGUUUUCAGUUGUUUAUAACUUUACCAAACUUCAACA